AUGCUCGACGUCGACCUGCUCACGUUCAUGAACGAUCGAGAUUUCAUACCUCUGCAAAUGAGCGAGAUUCGGACGAUUGCCCAACAGUUGCAGGUGGCUUUAGACGCCCUCAAAGGUGAAGGCAUCCUGCACUGUGACAUCAAAUCAGACAACAUGAUGUUCACUGACCUGGAGCAGUGGUUCCCAAAGUGGGGGUGCCAACCUCCACUUUGGGAAUUAUUUAAAUAA